AUGAAGACCCAGGUUGGCUGGCAGCCCAGGCUGCUGAAAGUGCAAAAGAAGUGGCUCUUCCCAGCCUCCUGCAGCUUCUUCUUCCUGUUCUCAGUGGUCAUGACUGGCUGUUUCCUGUGGCAGUAUCACCUCCCCAAGCUGAAGGCCGGUUCUUUGGGGCCAGAUGUGACCUCUGCCCCAGUGAGGAUGUGUCCCCGGCACCCUGAGCCUGUGCCCCUGGUCCACCCCCUCCCAGUAUUGAAGGAGGCCCUCGAGAAGGUGGACAAGAUGCUGCGCCAGGCAAUGUCUGCCCCAGGCCUGGCCGCCAUGUCUGCAGUUGUCAUUCACAAUGACACCAUGAUCUGGACGGGGAACUAUGGGAGGAAGAACGGCUCAGACCCAACUUCGAGACCCCCCAAUGAGUACACCAUGUACCGGAUCUCCAGCAUCUCUAAGAUCUUUCCAGUUCUCAUGCUGUACCGCCUGUGGGAAGAAGGCAUCGUAGCCUCUUUAGAUGACCCUCUGGAGCGGUAUGCCAGCACUUUCACCAUUAACAACCCACUGGGCAUGGCAUCAGCCUCCAAACAGCAGACUCUGAUGGAUAAGCUGGAAGAGGUUGGCCCAGCCCCAAGGCCUUCACUUGUCACACUCCGAAGGAUGGCCAGUCAGCUCUCAGGACUUCCCAGAAGGCUCCGCUCCACUUCUCUGUUGUGGAGGGGCAGCACCCAGGAGGCCCUGAGCCUGCUCAAGGAUGAUGUGCUGGUGGCGGACCCAGGAACCAGGUGCCAUUACAGCACACUGGCCUUCUCGCUCCUAGCCCACGUCCUGGCAGCCCACACUGCCCAGGGUGACUACCAGCGAUGGGUCUCGGAGAACCUCCUGGAGCCCCUGGGGAUGGCAGACACCGGCUUCGACCUCACGCCCUCUGUGCGCGUCCGCCUGGCAGCUGGCUUCUACGGCAGCGGGCGGCAGGCACCACUCUACGACCUGGGCUGGUACCGCCCGUCGGGCCAGAUGUACUCCACCCUUGCCGACUUGGCCAAGCUGGCUAUGGUGCUCCUGGGCAGCGGGCCCCAGCAGCUCCUCAGGCCAGAUGCCGCCAAGACGCUGCUGGCGCCGGUGCUGGCCUGCCCCGGAGCCUACUUCGCCAACGAGACGGGCACGCCGUGGGAGUUCCACGCUCAGCGGGGCUACAGGGUGGUGCGCAAGGACGGUGACCUGGACGGCUACGCCGCCACCUUCUCCCUCGUGCCCCCGCUGCGCCUGGGCCUCGUGCUGCUGAUGGCCGGGCCGCGGCCGCCCGGGCCCGAUCUGGUGGCGCAGGCCUACGACGUGCUCCUGCCUGCGCUGGAGAGAGCCUUCCGGGAGGCCGACCUCAGCCCGGCCCCGCCGCCCAGUGCGCGCCCCUUCUCCGGCUACUUCACCUUUGCCAACCUAACCUUCUACGAGGUGAGGGCUGGGGCCGCGGGGGAGCUGCGCCUGCGCCAGUUCGGGCCCCGCGUCGAGGCGCUGGUGCCGCCCGCGUUCCGCACGCUGGCGCUGCGCCAUCUGCGCGACCGCGUCUUCCAGCUGCACGUGGGCCGUGAGUUCCCGUGCGCGCUGCCGCUCGGGGACUCCUGGCUUUCGCUCGAGGCCCAGCACGGGCAGCUGGUCAAUUUCUACUCACUAGAUCCCUACGGGCUAUCCCCUGGCUUUGACGUGCCGGGCCUCAACACCUACCGGGUGCUUCGGCUGCUGCGCAAGCCGGUAUUCAAGACCCAGUGA